UAACGAGAAGCAGACAAACUAGGAAAGAAGGGAAUUUAUUACUGCAACUGGAUACAGGGAGAAGGCUGGAGAUAAUUCCACCAGACCAACUCAAAGUGCUACAAUUUUCUUAGUGUUUAUAUAGGUUGGGGUUAUGUGCCUACAUGCAGUACAGCAAUCACCUAAGUCUACUGGUAACUAAUUUUGUUUCAAGAAGGUCAGAGGCAAAAAAAUGCUUGCUAAGUCCGAUUAAAAGGGGCCCAGUGCCUCAAGGCCUGUCUACUGUGGUACCGGAGUGAUUAUUUUGAUUUUAUCUCCUUUACAGCUUGGUCCAGAGAGCUGCCUUAGACUAUCCAAUGAAUCUAUUCAAGCAGCUGCCGGUUACCUUGUCUUCAGAUUUUGUCGACCCAAGAUGGGUCCUGGCACUAGGAAUGUAAAGCCGUUCCUAUUAUUUUGGCUUGCUCCAGCAAGAGAGAAGCCCAUGCGAGUCUCCUACUGACCAUGCUUCAUUUGUAGCUUUGAUGUUUGGGCACUGAUUUCCCUAGAUUUAACUAUGUGCUCAAUGUUAAGGCAGUGCUGUGGAUAUCUGUCUGUGUAACUGGGGUGCUAUGCAGGCCUAUCUGGGUGACUGUCAGGGAGAAUUGUCCUACCACACCAAGGACACAGACCUAGGGGGGCUUUUCUUCAUAGCCCAAAGAAGCUGCAGGAAACCCACCCUAGUGGGACAAAGACCAAUGCAGGGUCAGUCCCCACAGCCAGGUGAUGCAAACAGGCUGGACGUGGGCCGCCUCCCCUCCGGCUUGACUUGUGACAGGGAAACCAACGCAAGCAGCAGCAGCAGGGUCACCACAGUCCAGUCCUGGGGACGGGCUUCCUUCCAGCGGGCGGCGAGCAGGUGCUCCUGCCAGACCAGCCUGGCUUUCACGGUUCCAGGGACCCUGUUCCCCCUCAGCCCUGUCCCCACCCCCACUCCUUGGCUUUAUGAGUUCAUUCGCUGAAGUCACCCAGAGACAAUGCUGAGUGUUCCACCCCUGAGUCGAAGCCCAGCCCAGCCCAGCCAGAUGCCUCCGGUAGUGUAAAUGAGGACAAUGCCUGCUGGCCCACGUGAUGGCGGGAUGUAGACGGCAGUGGCGCCAGUCGCUCCGGGCACCAUGGACGAUGCCACAGUCCUAAGGAAGAAGGGUUACAUCGUAGGCAUCAAUCUUGGCAAGGGUUCCUACGCAAAAGUCAAAUCUGCCUACUCUGAGCGCCUCAAGUUCAAUGUGGCUGUCAAGAUCAUCGACCGCAAGAAAACACCUACUGACUUUGUGGAGAGAUUCCUUCCUCGGGAGAUGGACAUCCUGGCAACUGUCAACCACGGCUCCAUCAUCAAGACUUACGAGAUCUUUGAGACCUCUGAUGGGCGGAUCUACAUCAUCAUGGAGCUUGGCGUCCAGGGCGACCUCCUCGAGUUCAUCAAGUGCCGGGGAGCCCUGCACGAGGACGUGGCACGCAAGAUGUUCCGACAGCUCUCCUUGGCCGUCAAGUACUGCCACGACCUGGACGUCGUCCACCGGGACCUCAAGUGCGAGAACCUUCUCCUCGACAAGGACUUCAACAUCAAGCUGUCUGACUUCGGCUUCUCCAAGCGCUGCCUGCGGGACAGCAAUGGGCGCAUCAUCCUCAGCAAGACCUUCUGCGGGUCGGCAGCGUAUGCAGCCCCCGAGGUGCUGCAGGGCAUCCCCUACCAGCCCAAGGUGUAUGACAUCUGGAGCCUGGGCGUGAUCCUCUACAUCAUGGUCUGCGGCUCCAUGCCCUACGACGACUCCGACAUCAGGAAGAUGCUGCGUAUCCAGAAGGAGCACCGUGUGGACUUCCCGCGCUCCAAGAACCUGACCUGUGAGUGCAAGGACCUCAUCUACCGCAUGCUGCAGCCCGACGUCAGCCAGCGGCUCCACAUCGAUGAGAUCCUCAGCCACUCAUGGCUGCAGCCCCCCAAGCCCAAAGCCAUGUCUUCUGCCUCCUUCAAGAGGGAGGGGGAGGGCAAGUACCGCGCUGAGUGCAAACUGGACACCAAGCCAGGCUUGAGGCCCAACCACCAGCCCGACCACAAGCUUGGAGCCAAAACCCAGCACCGGCUGCUGGUGGUGCCCGAGAACGAGGACAGGCUGGCCGAGACCUCCAGGGCCAAAGACCAUCACAUCUCCGGAGCUGAGGUGGGGAAAGCAGGCACCUAGCGUGACAAUGGCCCCGUCGUGUGUGGUGGGGGUCGGGGUUGGGGGGCAUGGUACAGUCGGCCUUCACAUAAACUAAGUAGGCAGGUAGGAUCUGAAGAAGGCACAGGUGCAAGUAAAAUUCGUCAAUUAAACCACUAUUUUGAUUAC